UAUGAAUUCAGAUAUAAAAUGGAUCAAUUAUUGGAUAUGGAAACGCUACAGAAACUUACACCCGAACAGCAGAGUCAAGUGAUCGCUGGUGUAAAACAGCAAGCAGCCAUUAUGAAUGCACAGAGCUUGAUCACGGAUUUAUCAGAAAAGUGUACAUUGAAAUGCAUACGAACACCUGGAAGUACACUCAGCAACGGAGAAAAACAAUGCUUGCAAAGGUAUUAUUGGUCGUUAUUUUCUUGCGUUUUUCAAAACGUUUGCAGAUGUAUGGACCGUUUCAUGGACAGCUGGAAUUUAGUGUCACAGACACUACAGAAGCGAUUACAAGAUGAACUGACGGCCGGUAUGGCGGCCAGCGGAGGAUCAUUUUCGUAG